AUGACCUCAUGGCAGAAAGAAGGCUUCCCAACUUUCUGGUCGCCUAGUGACACUCCGCUUUACAACCUGGAGCCGUGCGAGCCGCUGCCCUUCGACGUGGCGCGUUUCCGCGGCCUCACGGCCUCGCUGCUGCUGGACCUCACCUUCCUGACCAGCAUCCACGAGGAGGCCGCCGCCAAGCUCGGCGCGCGGCGCCACGACAAAAAGCACCGCGGCGCGGCCACGCCGGGACCGGAGCCGCCAGCGCACGACGACAAAGCGGAGAGCCAGGAGCAGAGAGAACCCCCCGGCUCCGCGACCUCCGACCUGCGCGUGUCCCACAGCCUGGACGAGGUGAAGGCGCACGUGGCGCCAAACUCCAAGUCGGAGAGCGAGAUCUCCUCGGCGGUCGGCGGGAACGAUGCGCUCUUUGCCACGCCGCCACACGCCCCCGCCGAGGGGGGCAGAAAGAAAGGCCACGAGCACGGCCCCCGGGCCCACGAGGCCGGCGCCACGCAGUCGGAGAUCCACGCCGUGCAGCUGUCCUACCUGUACCUGGGCGCCAUGAAGGCCCUCAGCGCCCUGCUGAGCUGCAGCAAGUACGCCGAGCUGCUGCUCAUACCGAAGGUGAUACCCGAGGCGGCGGCCAGCGGCCACAACGCCGACCUGAACGCGGCGGCCGCCACCUCGCCGGUGUGCCAGGAGGAGGCGGAGAUGCGGGCGGCUCUGCAGUUCCUCAUGCGCCACAUGGUGAAGCGGGCGGUGAUGCGCUCCCCGAUCAAGCGGGCCUUGGGCCUGGCCGACCUGGAGCGGGCUCAGGCCAUGGUCUACAAGCUGGUGGUGAACGGGCUGCUGGAGGAGCCCAGUGGAGGCAAGGCCCGGACCGGCGUGAGAAGCGAGCCGGAGGGGGAGGGGGACGGCCCCGAGGGCGAGCAGCUGGCUCAGACCCCCGUCACAACCAGCCCCUCGGCCUCCAGCACCACGUCCUUCAUGAGCUCCUCGCUGGAGGACACCACCACCGCCACCACGCCCGUCACCGACACAGAGACCGCCCCCGCCUCCGAGUCUCCGGGGGUCAUGCCCCUCAGCCUCCUCAGGCAAAUGUUCUCCAGCUACCCGACCACCAGCCUGGCGCCGUCCCGUCGGGCUCAGACCCCCCCGGUGUCGUCCCUGCCGACCUCGCCCUCAGAGGAGGUCGGCCGCCGGCAGAGUCUCACCUCGCCCGACUCCCAGCCCUCCAGACCGCAGAACCGAACCGGGCACCUGUGAGUAUUUGCGCUGUCGGACCCCAGCAGCAGGCUGUCCACGUCCCCCCCGCCUCCCGCCAUCGCUGUCCCCCUGUUGGAGAUGGGCUUCUCUCUGCGGCAGAUCACCAAAGCCCUGGAGGCCACCGGCGCUCGCGGCGAAGCCGACGCCCAGAACAUCACGGUGCUCGCCAUGUGGAUGAUCGAGCACCCGGGCACGGACGACGAGCACGACGAGCCUCACGCCAGAGGAGGAGGAGGAGGAGGAGGAGGAGGGGGCGUCGAGGUGGUUGUCGGGGGCGACGGGUCCGACUCGUCCUGCCCGGGAGCGAUGGCCUCUUCAGGGGGCAAAUCUCUGGAGCGGAGCCCCUACCUGUGCUCCCCCGGGGACAUCGCCGACGCCUCGGAGAUGGAGGAGGGCUUCAGCGAGAGUCCUGAGGGUCUGGACCAGGACGCCUCCGGCGGCGGGCCACUGCGAGGUCGCUCCGCCGCCGGCAGGAAGCACCGCUUCGACCUGGCAGCGCGCACGCUGCUGGCCCGCGCCGCCGGGCUGUACCGCUCGGUGCAGGCCCACCACAGCCAGUCGAGGCGGGAGGUGGCGUCCCUGCAGCAGCAGCAGCAGCAGCAGCAGCAGCAGCAGGACCCGGGCGCCCUCUACGACUUCAACCUGGACGAGGAGCUGGAGAUGGACCUGGACGAGGAGACCAUGGAGGCCAUGUUCGGCCAGGACCUGGCCAGCGACACCGACAUUCUGGGAAUGUGGAUCCCGGAGGUACUGGACUGGCCAACAUGGCACGUGUGCGAGACGGACGACCGGGACGAGGUGGUGGUGUGCGAGCUGUGCGAGGCCAACGUGGCCAACUUCAACCAGCACAUGAAGAAGAGCCACCCGGGCUGCGGCCGCAGCGCCAACCGGCAGGGUUACCGCAGCAACGGCUCCUACGUGGACGGCUGGUUCGGGGGGGAGUGCGGCAGCGGGAACCCGUACUACCUGCUGUGUGGGGGCUGCAGGGAGAAGUACCUGGCCAUCAAGAGCAAGGCCAAAGUCCCCGUGGUGGAGAGGUACAAGGGACAAGCUCCGGACCUGCUGGGAAAGCAGGACAGUGUCUACGAAGAGGACUGGGACAUGCUGGACGUGGACGAGGACGAGAAGCUGACUGGGGAGGAGGAGUUUGAGCUCCUGGCCGGCCCGCUGGGCCUCAGCGAGCGCCGGCUCGUCCCCGAGGCCGUCCAGUUCCCCGACAGCGACCCGCUGGGAGCCUCUGUCGCCAUGGUGACGGCGAGCAACAGCAUGGAGGAGACGCUGCUGCAGAUAGGCUGUCAGACCUCGGUGGAUAAGAGCUCGUCAGGCAGGGUGACCCUCGGGGAGCAGGCCGCCGCCCUCCAGAACCCCCACGACCGCGUGAUGGCGCUGAGGAGGGUGACGGCCGCGGCGCAGGUGCUGCUGGCCCGGACCAUGGUGAUGAGAGCCCUGUCCCUGCUGUCCGUCAGUGGCUCAAGCUGCUCGCUGGCCGCCGGCCUGGAGUCUCUGGGUCUGACCGACAUCAGGACCCUGGUCCGGCUCAUGUGUCUGGCGGCGGCCGGCCGGGCCGGUCUCUCCACCAGCUCCACGUCGGGUUCCGGUCACGCCGACAGGCCCCGCGGGGCCGCCAAGGCCAGUAAGCCCAUCUCCAGCCUGGCGUAUCUCAGCACCGCGGUGGGCUGCUUGGCCUCCAACGGUCCCAACGCCGCCAAGCUGCUGGUGCAGCUCUGCACUCAGAACCUGAUCUCUGCGGCAACCGGCAUGAACCUGACCACGGUGGACGACCCCAUCCAGAGGAAGUUCCUGCCCAGCUUCCUGCGCGGCGUCGCCGAGGAGAACAAGCUCGUCACCUCCCCGAACUUCGUGGUGACCCAGGCCCUGGUGGCCCUGCUGGCAGACAAAGGGGCCCGACUGAGACCGGCCUGCGACAAGGCGGACACGGAGAAGAGAGGGCCCCUGGAGCUGGCCAACGCUCUGGCGGCCUGUUGCCUGUCCUCCCGGCUGUCCUCGCAGCACCGCCAGUGGGCCGCCCAGCAGCUGGUCCGCACGCUGGCCGCCCACGACCGCGACAACAACCACACCCGGCCGCAGAGCUUCGCCGACCUGGCGGGAGACCUGCGCAGGUGCUCCUCCGUCAAGCUGGAGGCCCACCAGAGCAGAGUCAUCACCUGCAGGUGGUGCAGCAAGAAAGGCCUGUUGGCCACGAGCGGCAACGACGGCACGGUGAGGAUGUGGAACGUGACCAAGAACCAGUACGCCCUCCAGCAGACCUGCAUCUUCAACAAGGACGACGGCUCGUCGGAGGACGGCACGUCGGGUCUGGGGUCUCCCAGCGACCCCUGCAUGUCGCCUCUGGCCUGGAGCGUCACCGGGAAAUACCUGGCAUCCGCCAUGGAGAAGCUGGUCAACAUCUGGCAGGUUAAUGGCGGUAAGGGGCUCCUGGACGUGCAGCCUCACUGGGUGUCGGCGCUGGCGUGGCCCCGGGAGGAGGCGGAGUCUCUGUGGUGCGGGGAGCCCCGGGACGUGCUGCUGGUGGGACGCAUGGACGGGUCUCUGGGCCUCAUCGAGGUGCUGGACUCCUCCAGCAUGCAGCGCACCGAGCUGGAGCACUGCUACAGGAAAGACGUGGCGGUGAUGCACAUCGCCUGGUACAGCGAGAACAAGCCCUUUGCCGUCGGCUACGCGGACGGGAAGCUGCUGAUCGGAUCCAAGGAGCCUUUAGAAAAAGGAGCCGUCGUGGUCAUUGACGCUCACAAGGAGGCGAUCAGCAGCAUGAAGUGGAGUCCCGACGGUCACGUCCUGCUCACCUGUGCCAAAGAGGAGACGGUGAAGCUGUGGGCCGGUCCGGACCCCCUCCGUCACUCUCAGUCCGCCUCCGGCUGGCGCUGCCUGCAGAGCCUGCGACACCCGUCCCAGGUCAACGGCGUGGCCUGGUGCGGCCAGCUGGGACGCGGCCCGAGGCCCCUCAGCAUGUUGGCCAUAUGUUGCCAGAACGGCCACGUCUCAGUCUGGACCGUUCCUCAAAACACCUCCAGCUUCCCGGAUUCCUCUUUCUCCGAGUCCGAGGGCUGGUGGGAGAACGAAGCCAAACCCAAAUUCAUGGUACGCACCAGGUUACCCACGUUUGUGACGAGGUUUUUAACUCACAGCCUGACAGCCUGGGUCGGAAAACGAAGAAAGGGAAGCCUCAUGAACCUCUGGUCCCUGCGGGACGGCUCGGUGCUCCAGACGGUGGUAGCAGGUUCAGGUGCGAUCCAUAAUAUCGUCUGGAUCCCAGAUGUUGGUGUCGCCGUCUGCUCCAACAGGUCCAAGGACGUGCUGGUGGUGAACUGCUCCAAGGAGUUCAUGGCGUCCAACCACGUGCUGGCCACCUGUCGCACGGCCCUGAAGCGGCAGGGGGUGGUUGGCCUCCACGUGGCGCCCUGCAUGAGGGCCUUCCUGGAGAGACUUCCUGUGAUGCUGCAGGAGCAGUACGCCUACGAGAAGCCCCACGUGGUGUGCGGCGAGCAGCUGGUGCACAGCCCCUACAUGCAGUGCCUGGCCUCCCUGGCCGUGGGGCUCCACCUGGACCAGCUCCUGUGCCGGCCCCCGGCGCCGCCCAACCUCCGGCACUGCCCGCCGGAGUCCGGCACGGCCGUGUGGUGCGCCAGCGAGUGGGCCUGGCUGGACUGCUUCUCCACCACGGUGAAGGCGGCGGAGGCCCUCGCCCGCGGCGCCAGCUUCUCCGAGUCGUUCUGCGUUCCCGACCUGGAGCCCGUGCCCAAAGACGAGAUGGCUCUGCUCAUGGACAACAGCAAGUGGGCGUCUGGCAUGGACGAGCAGAUCAUGUCCUGGGCCACGUCCAGGCCAGAGGACUGGCACCUCGGAGGGAAGUGCGACGUGUAUCUUUGGGGUGCCGGGCGACACGGCCAGCUGGCAGAAGCCGGCAGGAACAUCCUGGUGGCCACGAGCGCCCCGUCCUUCUCCCAGGCCCAACAGGUGGUGUGUGGUCAGAACUGCACCUUCGUGAUCCAGUCCAACGGGACGGUGCUGGCCUGCGGGGAGGGCAGCUACGGCCGCCUGGGGCAGGGCAACUCCGACGACCUGCACGUCCUCACCGUGGUCUCUGCUCUGCAAGGUUUUGUGGUGACCCAGCUGGUGACGUCGUGCGGCAGCGACGGACACUCCAUGGCGCUGACGGAGAGCGGCGAGGUCUUCAGCUGGGGCGACGGGGACUACGGCAAGCUGGGCCACGGCAACAGCGACCGGCAGCGCCGGCCCCGGCAGAUCGAGGCGCUGCAGGGCGAGGAGGUGGUGCAGAUGUCCUGUGGGUUCAAGCACUCGGCGGUGGUCACGGCCGACGGGAAGCUUUUUACUUUUGGGAACGGAGAUUACGGCCGGCUGGGUUUGGGAAACACGUCCAACAAGAAGCUCCCGGAGAAGGUCACCGCCCUGGAGGGGUACCAGGUCGGACAGGUGGCCUGCGGUCUGAACCACACGUUGGUCGUCUCCGCUGACGGGAUGAUGGUUUGGGCUUUCGGCGACGGAGACUACGGGAAGCUGGGCCUCGGCAAUUCCACGGCUAAGUCCUCCCCUCAGAAGGUGGACGCCUUGUGUGGAAGCGGCAUCAUCAAGGUGGCGUGUGGAACGCAGUUCUCUGUGGCUUUAACCAGUGACGGAAAAGUCUUCACCUUUGGCCAAGACCGGCUGAUCGGGCUCCCUGAAGGCCGAGCCAGGAACCACAACCGGCCCCAGCAGGUCCCGGCCCUCUCGGGGGUCCACAUCCAGGACGUGGCUGUGGGGGCCGAGCACACGCUGGUUCUCUCCUCCACGGGGGACGUUUACACCUGGGGCAGCAACUCGGAGGGACAACUCGGCCUGGGUCACACCAACCACGUCAGGGAGCCCACGGUGGCCACGGUGCUGCAGGGAAAGAACAUCCACCAGAUCUCCGCCGGGCGCUGCCACAGCGCCGCCUGGUCGGCGCCCUCGGUGCCGCCUCGAGCUCCAGGCUCCUCGGUUCCUCUCCAGCUGGGCCUCCCCCUGGCGGUUCCACCUCAGUACAGCGGGCUGAGGGAGGUCAGCAUGGAGGCGGUGAGGGCUCGCCUGCGCCUCCUCUACCACUUCUCUGACCUGAUGUACUCCUCGUGGAGGCUUCUCAACCUCAGCCCCAACAACCAGAGCUGCACGUCACACUACAACGCCGGCACCUGGGGGAUCGUGCAGGGCCAGCUGAGGCCCCUGUUGGCCCCCCGGGUCUACACGCUGCCCAUGGUGCGCUCCAUAGGCAAGACCAUGGUGCAGGGCAAGAACUACGGCCCCCAGAUCACCGUCAAACGGAUCUCCACGCGGGGGCGGAAGUGCAAACCCAUCUUCGUGCAGAUCGCCCGUCAGGUGGUGAAGCUCAACGCCUCCGACCUCCGCCUGCCCUCCCGGGCCUGGAAGGUGAAGCUGGUGGGCGAGGGGGCCGACGACGCGGGGGGGGUGUUCGACGACACCAUCACAGAGAUGUGCCAGGAGCUGGAGACGGGGGUGGUGGACCUCCUCAUCCCCUCCCCCAACGCCACGGCCGAGGUCGGAUACAACAGAGACAGGUUCCUCUUCAACCCGUCCACCUGCCUGGACGAGCAUGUGAUCCAGUUCCGGUUCCUGGGCAUCCUGAUGGGCGUGGCCAUCCGCACCAAGAAGCCCCUGGACCUCCACCUGGCCCCGCUGGUGUGGAAGCAGCUGUGCUGCAUCCCGCUGACGCUGGAGGACCUGGAGGAGGUGGACCUCCUGUACGUGCAGACGCUCAAGAGCAUUCUUCACAUUGAAGACAGCGGCAUCACCGAGGAGAACUUCCACGAGAUGAUUCCUCUGGAUUCCUUCGUGGGGCAGAGUGCAGAUGGGAAGAUGGUGCCCAUCAUCCCGGGAGGAAACAGCAUCCCGCUCUCCUUCUCCAACCGGAAGGAGUACGUGGAGCGAGCCAUCGAGUACCGGCUGCACGAGAUCGAUCGACAGGUGGCGGCGGUGCGGGAGGGCAUGUCGUGGAUCGUGCCGGUGCCGCUGCUCUCGCUGCUGACGGCCCGCCAUCUGGAGCAGAUGGUGUGCGGGAUGCCGGAGAUCUGCUGCGAGGUGCUGAAGAAGGUGGUGCGGUACCGGGAGGUGGAGGAGCAGCACUCCCUGGUGCAGUGGUUCUGGCAGACGCUGGAGGAGUUCUCCAACGAGGAGCGGGUCCUCUUCAUGCGCUUCGUCUCCGGGCGCUCCCGGCUGCCCGCCAACACCGCCGACAUCUCCCAGAGGUUCCAGAUCAUGAAGGUGGACCGGCCCUACGACAGCCUCCCCACCUCUCAGACCUGCUUCUUCCAGCUGCGUCUGCCUCCGUACUCCAGUCAGGCCGUGAUGGCCGAGCGUCUCCGCUACGCCAUCAACAACUGCCGCUCCAUCGACAUGGACAACUACAUGCUGUCCCGGAACGUGGACAACGCGGACGGCUCCGACACGGACUACUGACGCGCACAGACACACAUUUUUUAAAAGAAUCCCUUUUAUGUACUUUCAGCACAGCUUCGUUUCUCCUGGUGGUUCAUUAGCGUUUUUUAAAUGACACAGAAAAUCCACACGAGACGUGUGUUUACUGUUAAUUAUUAUGCUCUCAUGACUCCACAUCCCAUUUUCAGGGUUUCUGCAUGGAGGUGCGUUUAUUUGUUUGGAAAAUGUGUAUAAAAUAUUCAAGCAAGUGGCCGGAGGAAGAAUGUUGUACAUUGUGUAAAAUGCUUCAUUAGGAAAAUGUUUUGCAUAAUAUCCAUAUUUAUUGUUUCCAGAAGCAUUAAAAACAACAACAAUAAAUGCUGCAUAACUGA